CGGCCCUGCACUGAGCCCAGAGGAGCAUGGAGGCAGCUUGACACACUUCACCGAAGGUAUGACAGGAGAGUCCGGCGUGCUGGCUGCUGGCCUGACACUCGUGUCGGUGGUGUCGCUUAGCGCUCUGUCUCUUCUGUGUCUGCGCUGCAGGAGGAAAACCAAAAUCAUUCAUGAGGAGAAUCAGAUAUACGACCCUCAGAUCUUCCAGCGUGGGGGCAGCAGAUUUGUUGUCACACAGUCAAAAACAGUCACCAGGCCCAAUGAAAUACAUGCAACCAUAAUUGAAGAGCCAGCGGACCCUCAACAGGUUUCACGAACAAUGAAUAAGGAGCAACCCAAGUAUCAAAAUGUUAUUGAUGCUCAAAGGGGAAGUUUCGAGCCGACAUAUGUAGCUCCACUCCCAGUCUCAGUGUAUGAAAAUGUCUUGGAGAGUGAAGAAAUUCAAAAAAAUGCUGAUCAGGACCUGAGUGUCUAUGAGAACGUCAUCACAUCCCUCCCAGUCAAUGACGGUGAUGAUGACUAUGAGAACACUGAGUUCCUGAACCAGGCGGCUGUGAACCAAGAGGACGAUGAGCCUGACUAUGUGAAUGCUGGUAAUUGAGCCUGAUGUGGACACUGCUGACCAAACCAGAGGACAUUAGUGGAAAGGUUUUUUUUUUUUUUUUUUUUUUCCACAAAGUCAGUUUAAUCUAACAUUUUCUGCACAAAACGUAAACAGUCACUGCUGUACCGGCUUUUUAUGAUGUGCUGAGGAUGAAUGGAAGAGCAAGUGA